CAAGGACCAAUCAGACCCUUUCUAUUCCUCCUUGCGCGGGUUUCUUACAUUGUAAACAGUGUCGACUACCAACGUAUGUAAUAUGAUUUGACUCGAGACAUGACGUUUUAAUUAAUAAGCGAAACAAUAAAUGCAAUAUGAAUCCAGAGCAGUCUGUCGACUGUUGUCCAACGGGUUCCUGUUCGACGCCUGAAGGAAAACAUGGGAUCCUGGGAGCUCCGAGGAGGACUCCCAGCACAGGCUUCAAGGGAGUGUAUUCCUCAUUCAAGUCGCCUGCCCAGGCAGGUGUCAGCCCGUGUACUCAAGUGACCCCUGAGGCGGAGGUGAAUGACCUCCAGAGGAAGCUAGGGGAGCUGGAUGCUGAGAUAGCCUCCCUGGUGUCAGAAGGGUACAGGUUGGAAGAGCUAGGACAGCACAUUGACCUGCUCCAUGAAUACAACGACAUCAAAGACAUCGGACAGACCCUGCUGGGGCGCAUCGCCGCCCUGAGAGGCACCACCACCAAGGAUCUAUACGACCAGUUUGGUCUGGAACUGAACGACUGACAGGAGGACGAUGGAGUGAAGAGACGCCACGCGGCUGGUGAUGUUAACCAUACCUCACGGGGAACGUACAACGUGACGAAUGACAGGACGCAAAGUUAUGUUUUGUUGUAACGCGAACGAUACUCGCUCAGCACGAAAAACGGGUUUGAAGAAUCCGGCUCGUUCUCUGGGUGUCGUUGAGGGGUUUGACCCCUGUGCAGAGAGCGUCAUGACUCGUAUGGGUUAAGUCCCAAGCCGGACCACCCAACGUUUAUGUUCUGUGUUAUUGUUAUUAUUUAGUGUUCGUUUAGUUGGUUCUUAAGUUCUGCCACUGACCCAUGAAUGUUUCUGAACUUGUAUGGGUGAGAAGUAAUGAGACUGAGCAGCUUUUGUGUUUACUGUAUGCGGGAUUAAUGGCACAAAAGCUAAUCAGUCCCCUCAGCCUUCUGCAUCGUCCAAGGGGCUUGUUUGUUUCAAACGGCCGAGUUCACGUUAUCUUGUGAGUUAAGUGGUGUGAGCAACGCCUGUUUCUGUGGGGUUGAGAAAGUUGCUUUAAGCUGUGUUUGUAUUAUCUGUGUGUUACAUCAUCUGUACUACAUGAUCAUCAUCAUGUGUUUUGUGUUAUUUUGCAACGCAGAUUGUUGAACUUUGUUUGAUUUAAAAUACAAGAUAGUUUCAACCAUAUA